AGUUGCCCUCAAGACUCCAAGCUCUUGGAUUCUCAAUUCUUUCCCUUUUAUUAAGUCUUUCAUUUCAUUGCAUGUCGUUUUAUUUUCCUAACCCCACCAUUUACUAUCUCCCCUUUUUCUUUUAUACAUCAAAUGACCAUAGAAAAAAAAAAGACAAACCAAAAACGCUUUUUGUUCAUCAUUUGAAUAUCAAUCCUUUAUAAAGCUUAAGUUUUUCUUUUUGCUCUUUUUUGUUUUCAACAUAUGAAGAUGAGAUCGUUAUGUUAAACCUUUGAAGAUAUGGGUUUGAGAAAUCACAUGGCAGAAGAAAACAUCUUUUGUCUUCAAUCCCCAACUUUCAUAGAAUGGCUUAAACCACACAACCCCUCUUCUUCCUCUCCCUCCAUCCCUCAGACGAGCGUCAAAUGCGUUCCAGGGCGAUGCCUCCCUUUGUUCACGGAGACGGAGGCCUCGGCGAAGAAGGGCGAAGAAGGGACUCCAGCUGGAGAUGGUGAAAGAAAAUAUUUGGAUGUCAAAGCGGAGGAUGAAGAUAUGGAGAAAGUUGAAGUGGGUUUGCACAUUGGGCUUCCAAAUGUUGGUGAUGUCUCUUAUUUUGGUGAUGAGAAGAACAUGAAUGUUUGUGUAAAGAAAGAAGAAAUACACAGCUUGAAGAAAAGCUUCUCUAAUUUUAAUACUCAAGGAAGGUUUUGGAUCCCAACACAAGCUCAAAUCCUUGUUGGUCCCAUGCAAUUUGCUUGCUCAAUCUGCAACAAAUCAUUUAAUAGAUAUAAUAACAUGCAGAUGCACAUGUGGGGGCAUGGAUCUGAGUACAGAAAAGGGCCAGAAUCUCUAAGAGGAACACAACCAGCAGCAAUGCUAAGGCUUCCAUGUUAUUGCUGUGCUCAAGGCUGCAAGAACAACAUUAACCAUCCAAGAGCCAAGCCAUUGAAGGACUUCAGAACCCUUCAAACUCAUUACAAAAGAAAACAUGGCUGUAAGCCAUUUAUGUGUAGAAAAUGUGGAAAAUCUUUGGCUGUUAAAGGAGAUUGGAGAACCCAUGAAAAGAAUUGUGGUAAGCUUUGGUAUUGCAGCUGUGGCUCAGAUUUCAAACACAAAAGAUCUCUAAAAGAUCAUAUUAGAUCCUUUGGUAAAGGCCAUUCCCCCUGCUCCUCUCUUGAUGAUGAAUGUCUCACUGGUUCUGAUGAUCAAGAAGAUCACUUCUGUUAAAUUAUGUGUUGGUAAUUUCCGUUAUUAGGGCUUCUUUCUUAUCGAUGAUCUCAUGCAACAUCUUGAAUUAUCUCGUGCUCAGUAACAAAACAUUCUCCGACUGAUGGGUUGUGCGAGGAGGAAUUAUUUGGGAGAUUGGAACAAUGUGGUUUGGAUGCAUCCAUGUGAGUGUUGGAAGGAGACAACUACAUUGUGACAAUUACAUUGAAUGGUUUUCUGAGAAGCUCGAGAGGGAACGAUUUGUUACGGAGCACUGUGAUAUAUUUUCUCUUUUUUCUUUCUUUCUUUCUAUGAAGGCUUAGGGUUUUCUAAUAAGAUGGGAUUGCCACAAGUGAUGAAGUAGGUGAAUUUUCUUCUUUUGAGAGGGUGUUAGGUUUUAUUGUCUCUCUUUCAUGGAGGAAAUUUGUCAGCUUCAUUGCUUAUUGUAUAGUGGCAUUCUUUCAUAUACGAAGGUUGAAAAACUCUCUCUUUUUGUUACUAAUUUCACUAUCCCUUUCCUCUUUUGAAGAACUUUUAUGAAGAAUUUCAAAGUAUAAUUAUUUAUAUUAUAUGCUUUUAUGAA